CAACAAUCCGGAACCGGCUGGUUUUUAAGUUUCCAAAUACAGAGUUCACUUUUCAUUUUCAUGUGACAAAGUGGAGCUCAAUUUGGUCUGUGCUCUAGUUUUACCCUUUGAGACCUUUUUAUCACACAAGAGGCAUUCAAAACAAGCUUUUUGGGUUUUAUUCAGCGUGUUAUUUUGUACUUUUUUAGUACAUUUUGAAGGAUUAUGCUGUUAAUUAACCAAAUUGCGUCAUACUUGUGACACCAGUCUCUGCAACAGACUCCUGAAUCUUGCAGAGUAUUUGAACAGGUGUGGGAACGUUUGAGCAGAUUGACACAAGAAGAAAAAACAGAAGAUUUAGUUUUGUUAUCGUCCUGAAGAGCUAUGGAACUUUCUCUGGUUCACCCGGCCCUCAAAGCCUUCAUGUGUGGCUCCGUCAGCGGGACCUGCUCCACGAUCCUCUUCCAGCCGCUGGACCUGGUGAAGACCAGACUGCAGACUCUGCAGAGGGGGGGGCUGCCAGGAUCUGGCCGGGUGGGGAUGAUGACGGUGUUUCUGAGCGUGGUGCGAACAGAGAGGCUGCUGGGACUUUGGAAAGGAGUUUCACCGUCUUUCGCCCGCACCAUCCCAGGAGUUGGGAUCUACUUCAGCACCUUCUACUCUCUGAAGCAGCACUUCUUCCAGGACGGAGCUCCGGGGCCCCUGCAGGCGGUGCUGCUGGGGGGGGGGGCCCGAGCUGUGGCCGGGGUCAUCAUGCUGCCCGUCACCGUCAUCAAGACACGCUUUGAGUGUGGCAAGUUCAGGUACAGCAGUGUGUGUGGGGCUCUGCGCAGUGUGUGUGUGACGGAGGGUCCGGCCGCUCUGUUCUCCGGCUUCACGGCGACGCUGCUCCGAGACGUUCCCUUCUCCGGGAUCUACGUCAUGUUCUACAGCCAGGCCAAGGCGGCGCUGCCCACAGAGAUCAGCUCCUCCCCCUCCGCCCCCCUCUAUAACUUCUCCUGUGGGCUGCUCUCGGGGGUGUUAGCCUCUCUGAUCACGCAGCCGGCUGACGUGGUUAAGACUCGGGUUCAGGUGAACACACACCUGAGGACCGCCGAGGCCAUCAGACACAUCUACAGGGAGCAAAAACUGCAGGGGUUCUUCAGAGGAGCCGUACCUCGAGCCCUGAGGAGGACCAUGAUGGCCGCCAUGGCCUGGACCGUGUACGAGCAGAUGAUGUCCAGAUUUGGACUGAAAUCCUGAAAAUAAGAAGAAAUAAGUGCCUGAAGUCAAAUCACUGAGUACAGACAGUCAGAAGUCACUGUCAAACUUUUUUUUAAGAAGACUGUGAAAUGGAUUUCCUUCCAAAAUGCACGAGUGAAUCAGCCAAUCAGAGUGCAGGAUUUGGUUGGUUUUUUGACCAAGACGGAAAUAUAGUACAAGAUGAGACGAGUGUCCAAAAACAUGCUUAAGAUAUUUUUUCCAGUUCCAAGUAUGACAUUUCCUCCAGCGCCUGAAAGUGUUUUGCUUCUACGACUUCUUUAAUGUAUUUUAUUUGUUUUAACCCAACAACAGAUGAAGACCGUGUUCAUGUAUUUUUAAUGUAUUCGUUUGUUUAUAAGACUUAAAAUGUCACUGCAACAAGAGAUGAACAUGUUGUGCAGGUCUUCUAAAUCUUGUUUUAUUUUAAGUCAGUUUUUAUUUUUAAUAUUUCACCACAACAACAAGAAGUCGGUGUACAAUUAUUAUUAUUAUUAAGUGUAUUAUUUCCCUGCAACACAAGAUGCAAAUGUGGUCUCUUUAUUUGAUUUCAUUUAAUUUGUAUUUCUUUUUUUGAAACACUUUUUAUUCCCACUUUUCAGUCAAAUGUGUUCAUUUUUGUAUGACUAUGUUUAACUUUCCCUUGUAACUGUUUUAACAUGUAGUGUUGCUACUUUCAAUUCAGUUCAAAAUGUGAGUGCUUCUUCCCACUUCUGAUCUCUACUGCCGUUAUCAUGAUUUAAGUCGCAUAAUGCACCCCUGCUGUUAUGUCACACUUUUCUAACAAGUGUUAUUUAUAUUCUGACUUAAACUGUCCCUAAAACACCCUGA